GGCCUUCGUGAUCAUCCGCGACGUCACAAACGGAGAAGAAAAGAAAUAGACCGCUGCACGCUUCAAAAAAGGGAAAAAGAAACACACGCGCUUUCCUAUUUCUAACUGCUUACAGGUGUAUCUGUGACAGCCAUCCCGCUCUUGAACUGUUCUCACCAAACUUUAGCGUGAAGUAGCCUUCUGCCUACCUACACAGACCUCCUUCGAUCUCCGCGCAGAUGCUGCAGAAAAUCAAGGCUGUCUUUACCGAUCUCGAUGGCACGCUCUACAAUUCCGAGCACACACUCUCAGCGCGCACGGUGAAAGCGAUCGCCGCACUGAAGGAGCGUGGUAUUCCUUUCAUUGUGGCCACCGGCCGUCCGUUUCCGGACGUCUUUGCCAACCUGGAAACUACCGGUCUAAAGCCGGACUUCAUUAUCACCAGCAACGGCUCCCGCGUGCACGAUGCGAACCACGAGCUUGUCUUUGCCUGUGAUUUGAACCCCGAGAGUGUCUGCCGUAUUUUUCAGUUGCCGGCGGAGCUGGACGAUGACGGCGUCGUGAACCCCAUCUCCCCAACGCGCUGCAUUCAGUACAAUUUGAACUGUGGCGCACGUUGGCUGACAAAUGAGCGCCGUGACGAAAUUCGUGCGAUGUUCCACCCCUCGCUGAACUAUGAGGAGGUGGACCGCAUGGCGCAGACGCCCGAGACGAUCAAGGGCACUCACAGCAUGUACGGCUGGGGCAAACAUGAAGAUCUUCUGUGCGUUCAGAGGUACAUCCAGCGCGAACUCCCGGAUGUGUCCUCGGCGUUUCCGCUCCCGCACAUCCUUGACUGCUUCCCCAGCGGCAAUCACAAAGGUGUUGCCAUGCGAAAGGUAUGUGAGCAGCUUGGAAUUACGCCACGCGAGACCAUCGCGUUUGGGGACGGGAUGAACGAUGUGCAAAUGCUCUCGGAAGCGGGUCAGGGCUUCGUCAUGGCCAACGCGGCUCCGAUGGUGCGGGAAGCGACCAAAGGCCUGCCGGUGAUCGGCAGCAACCGCGAAGACGCAGUGGCCGCUAAGAUUGAAGAGUUGUUGGAGGCGGAUGCAUUCGCAGGCUAA